UCUUCCUCUCUUCAUUAGAGCACUAGCUAUGGAGAUGGAACACAUUUACAGUGGGCUGCAGAUACCAGACCAGGAUAUCUUCUCUGGUAUCUCACCAGAGGUGAAAGAACCUGGAAGACACACAGACCAGGCAAGCGCCAUGGCUUCACAUGUAACAACAGCUGGAGGGUUUGUUAUCGUUACUCACAAGUACCCCCUGAGCAGUGCUGGCCAGGCUGCACCAGGAACAGUGGCAAGCCAGCUGCCAGGGCCGCUGCAGACAUUUCUACGAGGACAGCCCAAAGCUUUGGGGGUCGUGCAAAUAAUAAUUGGGAUUGUGAGUCUGCUGUUUGGUCCUGUCCUGAUGAAUGCAGACACGGCGGAAGGAAUCAUUGGAUUACCUUUCUGGACUGGUGUAUGGUAUAUUAUCUCUGGAUCCCUGGCUGUUGCAGCUGAUAAUACCCACAGAAGAGGUCUGGUGAAGGCAUGUUUAGGGAUGAACGUUGUCAGUUCUGUUUUUGCUGGAGUUGGAUCUAUUCUUUAUUCAAUAAGCGUGUCCAUAGUACCUUUCCACAUGGAUUACUUGAACAGAUCUGCAGAGUAUGAGUACCUCCGUAGAUACUCUCUAACCAUACAUGUAGGCAUUCUGGCAGUUCUUCUGGUGCUGAACAUUUUGGAGAUGUGCAUCGCUAUCGCUACAUCAGCCUUUGGAUGCAAAUCUGAAUGCAGUUACAUUGCCAUGCCGGAGGUUGCUUUUCAACAGGCAUGAAUCCAGUGACCUGGGUGCAGAUUUGCUCAAUUGAACUAUAAGAAGCAUGCAGUCAAGAAGACAACUGUCCCUCCGCCUCCUCUAGCAAAGCUUAGCCAGCGCUAAAGACUUCAUCUCUGCAAGGUGUUAUUAUCAGAACAAGUUAAACAACAAUGAAAUCCUCCCAUGUGUAAACUGUCGGGGAAUUUGUAUUGAUAUGAAAAUGAAAACGUGUUCAUUUGCUUUGGAUCAUUUGCUUGUUUUGCUUAUAUUUUCAAUAAGAUCAUUUGUAUUUAAAAGCUGAAAUGUUUCACAUGUUCAGUUAUGAUAUUGGUUUUAUAUUUUAAUGUUUUCAGUAACAAUAAUGAAAAAGAAACAUAGUAGGCAAAUGGUAUAUGGAAGUGAUACAUUGAGAUAUGUUUUGGAGUUGUAUGAUAUACUGCUUUGCUUAAUAAAAAAAAUAAAACGUUUCUUAGAAUUUU